AUGAGAAACAGCAUCAUUGAUAAGGCGAGCUCCAGUACUGCGGGUGAGCAUACCAGCGAGUACGCCAACAAGUUAGAGCCGAGGAGAUGCCUUCAGAAACUGGUCAUCGGAAUACCUGAGAUUGGAUUAAAGCACGGAGAAGCCUCCCUCCAGAGCCAAGGGAAUAAAGGCAAGAAUUCAAAGACAGAGGUGGCCCAAGAGAAGGGGAAGGAGAUGGAAGAGCAGGACCCGGAAGGACCAGGAAUGGGCAAGAAAAUAUGGGAACCAUCUGUGAAGAUGGUAGCUACAGUCCCUGAGUCGGAAGGAGCUUUCUUGGAGCAGGGGCAGAGAAUGCAGGCCGAAGAUAGUGCCCAAGAUGUCCUCUCCUUUGAGCAGAAACAUAUACAUACUCCUCCUAAAUCCAACUACUUGCAUAUCAUGGGAAUGGGGAAACAUUUUGAAUGUUCACAGUGUGGAAAGAAAUUCAGUUCAAGUGGCUAUCUUCAACGUCAUCACAGAACCCACACAGGGGAGAAACCUUUUGAAUGCUCUGAGUGUGGAAAAAGAUUCAGUUUCAAGAGCAGUCUUCAAAACCAUCAUAAAACCCACACAGGGGAGAAACCUUUUGAAUGCUCAGAGUGUGGAAAGAGAUUCAGUUUCAGGAGCAGUCUUCAAAACCAUCAUAAAACCCACACAGCGGAGAAACCUUUUGAAUGUUCAGAGUGUAGAAAGGGAUUCAGUUCAAGUGGCUAUCUUCAACGUCAUCACAGAACCCACACAGGAGAGAAACCUUUUGAAUGUACAGAGUGUGGAAAAAGAUUCAGUUCAAGUGGCUAUCUUCAAGAUCAUCAGAGAACCCACAUAGGGAAGAAACCUUUUGAAUGUUCAGAGUGUGGAAAGAGAUUUCAUUUGAGUGGCCAUCUUCAAAAGCAUCAACGAACCCACACAGGGGAGAAACCUUUUGAAUGCUCAGAGUGUGGAAAGAGAUUUAGUCGGAGUGACAAUCUUCAACUGCAUCAAAGGACCCACACCGGGGAGAAACCGUUUGAAUGCUCAGAAUGUGGAAAGAGAUUCAGUUACCAUGGCAAUCUUCAACAGUGUGGAUUGAGAUUUAGUGAGAGAGGCACUCUUCAGCGUCAUCAGAGAACCCACCGAGGGGAGAAAUCUUUUGAAUGCUCAGAGUGUGGAAAGAGAUUCAAUAAAAGUUGCAAUCUUCAGCAGCACCAAAGAACCCACACAGGGGAGAAACCUUUUGAAUGCUCAGAGUGUGGAAAGAGAUUCAGUCAGAGUGCCAGUCUUCAAAACCAUCAUAAAACCCACACAGGGGAGAAACCUUUUGAAUGCUCAGAGUGUGGAAAGAAAUUCAGUUUCAGGGGCAGUCUUCAAAAUCAUCAUAAAACCCACACAGGGGAGAAACCUUUUGAAUGCUCAGAGUGUGGAAAGAGCUUCAGUUUCAGGGGCAGUCUUCAAAAGCAUCAGAGAACCCACACUGGAGAGAAACCUUUUGAAUGCUCAGAGUGUGAAAAGAGAUUCAAUUUCAGGGGCAGUCUUCAAAAGCAUCAGAGAACUCACACCGGAGAGAAACCUUUUGAAUGUUCAGAGUGUGGAAAGAGAUUCAGUUGGAGUGGUGAUCUUCGACAUCAUCAGAGAAACCACACAGGGGAGAAACCAUUUGAAUGCUCAGAGUGUGGAAAGAGAUUCAGUCAGAGUGGCACACUUCAAUAUCAUCAGAGAACCCACAUAGGAGAGAAGCCUUUUGAAUGUACAGUGUGUGGAAAGAGAUUUAGUGUGAGAGGCAAUCUUCUACAGCAUCAUAGAACCCACACAGGGGAGAAACCUUUUGAAUGUUCAGAGUGUGGAAAGAGAUUUAGUGAGAGAGGCAAUCUUCUACAUCAUCACAGAACCCACACAGGGGAGAAACCUUUUGAAUGCUCAGAGUGUGGAAAAAGAUUUAGUGUGAGAGGCAAUCUUCUCCAUCAUCAGAGAACCCACACAGGGGAGAAACCUUUUGAAUGCUCAGAAUGUGGAAAGAGAUUCAGUACAAGUGGUAAUCUUCAACUACAUCAUAGAACCCAUACAGGGGAAAAACCUUUUGAAUGCACAGAGUGUGGAAAGAGAUUCAGUAUGAGUAGCCAUCUUCAACGUCAUCAGAGUACCCACACAGGGGAGAAACCUUUUGAAUGCUCAGAGUGUGGAAAGAGAUUCACUCAGAGUGGCAGUCUUCAAAACCAUCAUAAAACCCACACAGGGGAAAAACCUUUUGAAUGCUCAGAGUGUGGAAAGAGAUUCAGCCAGAGUGGCAGUCUUCAAAUGCAUCGUAGAACCCACACAGGGGAGAAACCUUUUAAAUGCUCAGAAUGUGGAAAGCGAUUCAGUCGGAGUGGCCAUCUUCAAUAUCACCAGCGAACCCACACAAGAGAUAAAUCUUUUGUGUGCUCAGAGCGUGGGAAUAAAUUCAAUCCUGUGAAGGAAUAG